AUGUGUGUCUACAGAACCAUUGAGUAUGCUGAUGACACCACCAUCCUGGGCCUCAUCAACAACAAUGAUGAGAGUGCCUACAGAGACGAGGUGAAAUCACUGACCAGCUGGUGCCAGAAAAAUAACCUCUCUCUAAAGGUCAGCAAAGCAAAGGAGAUGAUAGUGGACUUCAGGAAACAGCAUAGAGGCCAGCACUCCAUCAUCUACAUAAACAACUCUGAGGUGGAGCAAUUGUAUGUUCCUGGACCUAAAUGCAGUAACACGUUUCAUUGUUGUAAAACUUCUCUGAUUCUGCUUCUGUGUUUACGUCUGCUUGUCUCUCAUAGAACUGUUCUGCUCUGGAUGGAGAACCAAACCGUGCUGACACCUCUAGAACAGCCCAUUGUUUUUGAACUCGAGGGUUUCAGUGUUCCUCCAGGAUAUGCUCCUUUCCUGUUCUUCCUGGCUCUGUUUGCAUACAUGGUGGUCUUACUGGGGAAUGGGGUGGUGGUUUUAGUCAUUUUCAUGGACAAGAACCUGCACAGACCCAUGUUUCUAAUGAUCUGUCACCUGAUGGUCUGUGAUCUGCUGGGGUCCACAGCGGUGCUCCCUUCACUCAUGAUGCACUUCUUGAUGGGGCAGAGGAAGAUCACGUACGCCCCGGCCAUCACCCAGGGCUUCUACGUGCACACAUACGGGGUUGCAGUGCAGACCAUUCUGGCUGCAAUGGCCUACGACAGGUAUGUUGCAGUGUGUGAACCUCUCAGGUAUCACUCCAUCAUGACUUCGGCUCGGCUCCACUCGUACUGCGCUCUGGCCUGGAUCUUGGCCCUGGUGCUCAUCGCCGUGCUCUUUUCCUUCCACAUGAACGUCCCGCUGUGCGGCCGAACCAUCCAACAUGUCUACUGCAGCAACAGAGGCAUCUUGGACCUGGCGUGCAUUCCCACCCCCAUAAGCAACAUCUACGGUCUGGUUAUGACCUGGUCUGUCAGUUCUGGGACCUUCAUCCUCAUCGCUUUCUCCUACAUCAGAAUCCUGAGUGUUUCUCUGAAACAAGGCCGAGCUGACAGCAGCAUCCGCAGCAAGGCCUUUCAGACCUGUGCGCCUCACAUCGUCGUGUACGUGCUCUACGAGGUUGCAAUUUUUAUUGUUGUUGUGAGCUACAGGUUCCCCUCACUUUCACAAAACAUUAAGAAGUUCUUCAGCAUCCUCUUCAUCAUCAUCCCUCCAGCCAUCAACCCCAUCAUCUACGGCCUGAUCAGCAAAGACUUACGGAGCAGCAUCAUCAAGCAGGUUUCUGCACGGGUCUGUCUCAAAAACUGA